AUGAAGCUAGGAGGUGUUCAUGAUCUCAGAGGAAACCAGAACAGUGGAGAGAUCGAGAGUCUUGCUCGAUUUGCAAUUCAAGAACACAACAACAAAGAGAACAAGGUUCUUGAAUUCAAGAAGAUUGUAAAGGCAAGAGAGCAGGUAGUUGCAGGAACCAUGUACCACUUAACACUAGAAGCAAAAGAAGGCGACAAGACGAAGAUUUUCGAAGCUAAAGUUUGGGUAAAGCCAUGGAUGAAUUUCAAGCAGUUGCAGGAGUUUAAGGAAUCAUCUUCUUGA